AUGUCCGCGAAAAAAAAGCCCGAUGCCAACGCUGGGCAGCCGGGUGCGCCCAGCUCGACUGUCGCUCUCCCUGCUUUGCAUAAAAAGAAAGGGAGGGAGCAUACCACGAAAUCCCCAAAUCGCAAGUCUUGCAACGCGCCGUCUCUGUCUGAACGAAGCAACCCGAAGCCAGCCACGAGAGAGACGGCGAAGCGCGUUCCGCGCGUACUUCCGUCCUCACGCGAGGAGUCUCAUGGCAGUGGAACGGCUCCUCCCCUGUCCGGGCUCAAACCAGACAAGGAAGCAAAUAAAGAAGGCGAUGUUUCGGCGCGGCCUGUUCCCAACCAGGAGUCUCCACUGCAGACAAAGGGAGAGGGAAGCAAAGAUGGAAGCGUUGGAGGCGAUGAGAGGGACAAAGAGCGCGAGGGCGCGGCGACGACGUCCGAGUCGACGCGGGAAGUCGAUCACGAGGAUAGCCGAAGCGAAAGCGGUUCUUCUGUGGUGGCGGUUGGCAACGAGCACAACGCGGCAGCCAAGGAGUCCACCGACGCCGCCACAAGUCCCGUAGCGACCGCAGUCUCCAGGGAAAAAUCCCCCGCAAGCCCUUCCAGAGCGCGCGAAAGCGGCGAUUCUGCCGAGCCUCGCGCUCCGGCCUCCAGCCGGAUGAAGGCGGCAGAGACGCCGGAAAGAGAGAGCAAGGCACUACCGCAACCCAAGGCAAAGACUCCCCGAGGGGAAGCCGUCACGCCAGCGUCGCCGGAGCGGAAAACCCCGGCUCGAACGGGCACGUCUUCCUCGCUUGCAUCUUCUCCUGUGUCUAUGCGGCAGACCGCGUCGACGACGAAGGGACGCGGAGGCGCAACGACCCCACACGGGUCGGCGGAGUUGAGGGAGGCUCGGAAAUCGGUAGCAGUCCCCCCGGGGGCUCCCGCCGCCUGUGAGACACCUCGAACCGCGGACCUCUCUCGCAUGGCUUUGCACAAGUCUGUCGGCGGCGGGGCGAGUUCGCCGCUGGCGUCUUCGACGGGCAAGGAGACGACGCGGCAGGCGCCAGACGGGGAGCGGCGAAAGGGUCUGAGCGAAUCGUCGCCAUCUUCUGGCCGCGCACAGCCCUCCGCCACCGCACAUGGGCAAACGGGAAAAACCAGCUCUCCUCUGGGGGACUCCCCUCAAAUGACGCCCCCAAAACCUCACACGUCGUCAGGCGCUCCGAAGCGCGCAGAGCUGUCUUCCCUCGCGGUCGCGAAAGGCGCAGGGACAGCGGCGUCUCCCCGUGCCUUGGGCGCGAGGACUGCGGAGCGCACCACCGCAGAGCACCGGCAGCGACAGCUAGAGGGGGGAGGACACAUUCGCAAAAGUUCAGCGGCACGUGUGCACCAUUCGGGCGAAGGUGAUUCGCAGGCCCCUGAAGAAGCAGCUGCGAGGACGCUGAAGUCGCCAGCGGGUUCUGGGGCAGAAGGUCCCCUGCCUGAGAGAGCUCCGUCGCCGGCGUCGGCGGAUGCCCAGUCGAAGGGGGAGUCUGUGGCGAAUCUUGCUAGCUCAGGGGCUGCUGCGUUGAAAAAAGACGCCGACUUCGGUACCAUGCCGAUCAGCGCGUCCCCGGACCCGGAGUCGCCCAGAGCAGCUGAGGCAGCGACGGCCGAAGAACAGCCCAUUCUCGGUCAGGCGUCGUCAUCGCCAGAAGGCCCCUUCAGUGGUGGCAGCGGUUUACAGGGUGCGCCUUGUGAAGAGGCAAGCUCGGCUUUUCUGCCUAUACCUCCCAGAUUCUUUGGCUUGACUGCCAGGCUCAGAGGGGCUACGCCUACGCCGGAGCCGCUCCCGCUGACGGCGGCGAAGGCGGCGGAGCUGGCAUGGUACGAAGAAAAAGCGGCGUUGCGCGAGCUCGCGGCGAACGGGUUUCUCAGAAAAGCCGACACGAUGAUGGGGGGAAUCGGGAAAAGUCCCGCACGCCACGAAUGGAAGAAGAGAGAAGCCGGUGCUGGCUCUAGGCGAGAAGUCGUGGGCGGAAGCCGCUCGUUUUCUACAGAGAGUCAAGAGUCUGCGGGGUCUCUUGCCCACUCGCCGACGACUAUCCGGGUCCACGACUCUCUAGAUGCCGUCACCCCGCGCGCGCGCCUCGGCGUGUUUGCAAGCGCAGCUCGCCAGUCAGUCAGUAAGGCGACUUCGUUCUCUGUCCAGGACGGCCCUCUCUCCCCGAAGCUCUCGGUGUCGCGCUCUCCCAGCAUGGCUAGCAGCGCCGAGUCUCCAUCUCGUUUGUCUUCAGAGGCCUUCGGAGAGGAUCCGCGGGCAAGCGUGCUGCGCGGCGCCUCGAACCUGUCGGAGCGAAGCUUGAGUAGCUUUCGCCUCCCGCCACAGAGGGUCCAGGUCAGCAGAGGUUCGCCAGGAGGUCUCAGCUGCCCGCCAUUCUCGCAGCUGCUGGGUAUGACACUGUCGGCUCGUCGACAGCGGAAGAUGGAGGACUCGAUGCGGAGCACGGUGCGGCAGACCUCCGGAGAAACCAGGGCUCAGCAGACCGGAGGCAGCAUGCAAGCUUCCUCGCCUUUCAGUCCGCUGUUGGACACGCAGGCACCGCUGCGCGCUCUGUCCCCCAGUGCCUGCUACGGUAGUUGGGCACGGGGAAUGGACGGCAGCGGCGGGGGGUCUCUCGGCAGUCUCGGCAGCCGAAACUCCGCAGAGGCGCCACCUGGAUCGCUCCCGUGGUUCGCCGUCGAGGGGGGGCUCGUUUCCUCCUCCCAGAGCAGCGCGGCAGCGACAGACGUGCAGUCUGGAGGACUGCAGAGUGCAAGCGCGUGUCCUGCGACGCUGCCUUCUCGUCUGGAAGCCGUUUUCAUGUCGCAUUUUGAGGAGUCUCUUGGGCUGGCUUCAAACGCUUCUGUGUCGAACCGAGCCUUCCAAGAGAGCCCGUCGUCUCUCCCGUCUUUCGCCAGCUCCGAUGUCUCGCGCUGCAUGCCGCAGCGACAUGGAACGGACUCCAGCCAGGGUGGGCGAACUUCGAAAGAGAGAGUCGGCAGCGCUAGCGGAACGGGCAUGAAGGGUUCGCCUUCGCAAGCGGAGACCCAGGAGUCGUGCUGCUUACCUGGAGCUUCCCCGCUUCUGGAGAGAGUGAUGAAAGAGGUCGAGAGAGAGUACAACCAGAACUACGCAACAGCCAAAAGAGCCGAAAACUGGACACGCUACCCAAAGGGCUGCGUAAGCGGGAGCAUCGCGCCGACGAACUAUGAGGGAGAAGAAGGUGGCUUGGACGCCUUGUUCGGUGUCUCCUCCUACGGCAAGUACGACGAGACACGAGCUGUCCAAGUGAAGAAUGCAAGAGUGUUCCCGAUUUGGCAGAAACUGGACGCAUGCAGGCACGAGCUCCGGCACUUGGUGGCGACCAGGAAAAAAUUCGAGGCAGCGCGCAGAAAACGAAGGGAGCGCCGCGGCACGGGAGGACUGAGACAGGGCGAGAGGCUAGCAGGCUCUGAGCUGUCACCCGCUCUAGGCAGGGAUUUUCCUAUCCUCGGCGGCGAAGCGCCAGAUGACGAAGGAACCAGGGGCGAUAGACAGGCAGCGGCCAGCCACGCCGAAGCGCUUGACGGGGACAAGCAACCCCUGAAGAGAACUCGACCGCAGGAGGGCGGCUGUCAUCAAGCGAUAGUGCUUGUGGAGGAAAAACAACGUCAGGUGGCGGGAGAUGGCAAUGUCGAAGACGGCGGGAGGGUCGCGCGACGAGAGCAGGUGCGGGUUGCGGUGGAAGCUGGAAGUAGCGGCAGGCAGCAAAAAGAAGGGAAGGGCGAAAGCGAUGGAGGAGUCGCAGCGCCAGCGGAGGGAUUGGGGCGCGAAAGGCCAGCGCCAGCGCAAAGCACAGCGGGCGCAAAAGAGAGUAGUGGCACCGAAAGCGUGGACGGUCCUGUGCCGGGUCUUGGCCGUGAAGAAGACGCGACUAGGGGAGGUCCAGACAGCGAAGCUGAAGAUAAGAAGAAGGGAGCAGGGUCGCGGUCGGUGUCGUCUGUUGGAAGCGCUCAUGACUCGUCAGGUGCUACAUCGGACGAUGAAUCUGUGGAUCCUUUCGAGCUGGCCUUCGACACUGAUGAAGACGAUGAAGAAACACUGCUUCUCCGGGCUGAUUGCCAGCCGGAUGUCUCCGUUUCUUCUGUGUCUGAAGACAAUGAUCUUGUUCUCAAACGCUUGAAAGGGCUCCGCCGAAAGGGGGGAGUCUAUUUGCCGAAGAGAGAGAGCGCUAUUCAUCUUCUUAUCCCCAACGCGGCCGCCGCGACGAGUGAUCCUGCCUCACAUGACGGUCCUAGACAGAAUUCUUCGUUUGAAGGCAUCCUUAUUCAAUUGCAGAGGAUUGCAGAGGAACGGCCUUACCACGAGUCGAAAAAGCAAAGCCAUUCCGGGACUCCGCAGUCAAACCAUCCCUGGCCAAUGCUGGACCGACCAGUCUAUCCUUCCUCCCGUUCCGCUUCUCCUGCGGGCCUGUCUGUGCUUUUCGUCGCGCGGCUCCGUUGCUGUCGCAUCCUAGCAGAGUGCUGCCUUCUUGUCCGCCACUUUGCGGAUCAGGUCUCGCUGGCUUGUCGCGAAGACUGGGUGGAAUCGUUUCGAGACUUACAGUACCAUUUGGCGCGGCUGGAGCGUCUUCAGUCGAAACAAGCGGUCGAUAUCAUUCGAGAUUCGCGCCGCUCGUUUGUAUGCAUUGUGGCGUCGCUCUAUCCGUUUGACUUUCUUGCGGAGCCAGAAACCUUACGGCGCCUGCAGCACGGCAGGUUGCUGUGGACCUUAGAGCAAGAUGAGGGCGCCGGAGCGGAAAAUCACCCUGGCGCAGCAGAUGGAAAGAGCUUGAAUACAGCUUCUUCCACCGGCCUCACGGUGACGCCAAGACUCGAGCGAUGGAGCAGUGCCGGAGCAACGCUGUCACCUCACCAGAUGGCAUCGCUCAAGCGUGUUAUGCGGCUGACUGGCGCAGAGGCAUUGUUUUUGGGCCUAGACCAAAUGCAGUGGAGGGCCGAGGAGCUGGGGGAAUUUCAAACGCAGGCCGACCGGCUCAACCAUCGGAUUGAUGUGCUGACUCGCCGCCAACGCGAAUGCCGAAACGUGAUGAAAGAACUAGUUGCAGAAAUCGUUGAGCUCGACCAUGUUGAGGCGGAGGUGCUGGAGGAGGCUGGGAAGAGGCAGGUAAAGUCACCCGGAAAACAGAAAAGGCCAGAAAUUGAGCAUUCCGAGAGCGGAUCGUGCGACAGUCCCAAGAAAGCGAAAGGACACUCCUUGGAAGAAUCGCUUGCGCAGAUUGGCGCACAGCGAAAGGAGGCGGAGGGGAAACUGAUUCGUUUGCAUGGAAAUUUGAAGCAGCUUGUUUGGGAGAUGGAACGUGUUCACCAACAGAGGGAGGAACUUUGUGCCGUUCAGAAGAAACGGCAGGCGGAGCAGUCCGCGAAGAUGGAGGAACGGCAGAUGGCUCAGCCACAUCUGAACCGACUGGGCGAAAUCGUGGGGGAACGCGGAGGUGCCAAGCAAUCUUGUUCAUCUAGAGCAACGGGACUGCCAGCCCCGACUGGCCUGCAUCCUGCUAUCCUGCAUCGCUCACUUGCCAGGCAGUCCACUGCUCCCGUCCACCGCGGUGGCGUCUCGUGGAGAGCGGAGGGGGAGCUUCGGUGCCUCAUUGAAAUGGCGCAAAUGGUAUUGAAGGCGAUUCAGACUCAGGCCAUAGGAGAGGCGUCGCUUGGGGAGGCGUCAUCAACUGAGCGCCCUCGCUUGCUGGAUGAGGCCGAAGCAACUUUUAUUGACCGGCUGCAAAACGACCGCGAGUUCGGUGCUUUCUUCGUCGGCGAGACCGCGGCGGCAAUUAGAUUUCCUACGACAGCUCACACAUAA